CGGUGGUGCGCGCUCGGUGCCAAACCGGCUGCAGCGCGCACUGGCUGAUGCUGCGCGCUUUUGCUGUUGCGCUCACUUUGCUUUGGAUGGGAGAAGAUUGUUUCCUCGGUGUUGGAAGGAUUUCCAUCUGUUGGUUUAUCUGGAUGUCACAGACACACGGAGGCAUAAAGGUUUAAAAGAAUCCAGCAGGUUGAGACAGACUUAUGGGGACUGUCAGCCAUGGAGGCAUCAGAUCAACUGAACACGACUCAAGGGGAAGAUUCACCACUUGAAGUUAAAUCUUCCAACUGCUGCUCGACCGCAGCCGCAGUGAAUGAUGGAAACUCCUUGCAGCUGGAUGACAGCACCAAGCUGGUGGGAGUCCAAGUUGUUCUCAUCCUCGCUUACAGCACCAUCAUACUGUUUGGAGUCAUUGGAAACUCCUUGGUGAUUUACGUCGUCUACAAGUUCAGAAACCUACGGACGGUGACCAAUUUCUUCAUCGUGAACUUGGCGGUGGCGGACCUGCUGGUCAACACGCUGUGUUUGCCCUUCACCCUCGUCAACACUCUGUACGGGGAGUGGAAGUUCGGCCAUGUGUUGUGCUUCAUGCUGCCCUGCGCCCAGGAAAUGGCCGUGCACGUGUCCACCAUCACCUUGAACAUCAUCGCCCUGGACCGCCACAGGAGCAUCGUCUACCACACGGAGACCAAGAUGUCCAGGGACAUGUGUGCGUUGGUGAUUGUCAUGACUUGGACCGUCAGCGCCCUGUUGGCUAGUCCGCUCGCCAUCUUCAGGGAGUACAGGACGAUUUAUCUGUGGCCGAACGAGUCUAUUCAGGUGUGUAUGGAGGAGUGGCCGGAAAACAGCAUGAACGGAACCAUCUACAGUAUAUCAAUGCUCCUGGGUCAAUAUGGCCUCCCUCUGGCCAUUAACUCUGUGGCUUACAUCCGCAUCUGGAACAAACUGAAGAAUCACGAGUCUCGCGGGGGCCGGAAUGACCGCCAUCAGCGCAGGAAGAAGACCACCAAGAUGCUGCUGACCAUGGUGGCGGUCUUCGCCAUCAGCUGGCUGCCCUUCCACGCGUUCCAGUUGGCGGCCGACAUCGACAGCACUGUGAUGUCCAUGAAGGACUUCAAGCUGCUGUUCACCGUGUUCCAUAUCGUGGCCAUGUGCUCCACGUUCGUCAACCCCAUCCUGUACGGGUGGAUGAACAACAAUUACCGGUCGGCCUUCUCGUCCGUGUGCUACUGGCCCUUCACUUCGAGUCGCUCCAAACACAGAGACGUACGGAAGCAGGACUUCAGGGUUUGCACGCAACAAACCAACGUGUGAGGAAAGUCGCACAGUCACUUCAGGCUGAUAUUCAUUGAUGGGAAGUUUAUAGGAAAUUGUAGGAAUUUUGACCUCUUACGAUGAGGGAUGGUGACAUGUGUACACUGUGGGAGAAAUGACUGAGAACGUCUUCAUAUUUAAAAUAACUGAAUUAUCUUCACUACACUGAGGCUGGUCAUAGCAGCUCUGAUCCCAAACGUUAGUGCUCGUCUACUCAGGUAUUUGUGUGUUAGACUUUGAUGGACAUUCCUCUUUGUUGAUGCAGUUUGUCUGUGUGUGCAUGUGUCAGGAGGUUUCCAAUUAUUGUGUUCAAUAAUACGAAUCUGAAAGAUGACGCAGCAUUUGAAGCUCGGUCAAUUGCGCGGUUGUAGAUGCUUCUUUUAGAGACGCCGUGACAAUUAUUAAGGUGAGGAUUAACCAACGUGGAAAUAAGAUUUGAGGCAAAAAAGUUAAAUUGUGAAAAUACACGUAGGAGGUUAUGUUUUCACCUCUGUCCAUUUGUUUGUUCGUCAGCAGGUUUAACGCAAAAAUGACUGAAACCAAACUAAAACUAAAGGAAAACUUGGUGGAUGGAUGUAACACAAACUUUGUUGAACAUUGUGAGAUACGAUGUUUUUGACAUUGUAGAUUAAUUGAAAAAAACUAAAAAACAAUCCUUGUAUAGAUGCAGCCUUAUAAUAAACUUACUGGGACCUGUUUGUUUCCUGCGUUAUCUCACAUCGAAUGACGUAAAAACGUCAAAAUGUACUUAUCUGAAAAGACCUGUCCCAGGUUUGACUGAGCAGAUAUCUGACAAAACUGUGUAAUUCAAUCCCAACCCCAAUGGGAUCCCUUAGCAAAACAGAAAUUAGAUUUAUUUGGCAGGAUUGAUGUUAAUAUUUGUCUUCUCGAGCAUCUUGUUUCCUCCGGCUCCAGUGCAUGGUUUUUAAACGAGGGGGUCCUGAGGCAGGGAGCUGCAGCGCUGCAGGGGGGUGUGUUUGUGUUGAUAUCCAGUGGGAUCUACUCAUCCAGCGAGUGUUACAUCAUACAGACGUGUGGCUUAUAGAACAUGUGCUGCAUAUGUGAUAACAGCACACAUGUUGUCCGCCUGGUUCCACUUAGUUCUGUGGGACAUGUUUUUGUGUAAUCCUGCAGAUAAACAAACAAACAAACGGACAGGGGUGAAAACCUAUUGGCUGAUGUGUGGGUGGUAAAUUUUAUUGCAUGAUAAAAUAUACAAACAAGAUAACAAAAUAAAUGUGAAUUCAUGAUGUGAAAAUGGUGGAAAUUGACCCCCGUUGCUUCAGCCUUGAUUUUUAAUUGUGUCUUUGUUGUGUGCAUGUGCAGAUUCUUCUUGUGUGUUUCCAUUAUUCUUAUUUAUGUAUCAGACAGUUCCUUCCCUCCCCCCCCACCCUCUCGUCUUUGUUUGCAGCGAGCGUCCUAAUUACCACUGUUUGCUUUUACAAUGAUUACACCGGUGCAGGGGUUCUGAAGGGCCCUUCCUGUUGACCGGGUCCUCGCUGAUUCGCUCUGCGUGAGCGUGAGGAGCUGGGGGACCGGGAUAUUAACUCCAUUUUUAGUAAAGCCAUUCACGGGGUAAAUCAAUAAGUGCUUCUUUAACCGUCUGAUGUUAUCGAGCGGCCGCUGCUGUCACAAACUGUGCUCUCAGGAGGAUACUUGCUAAUCGAGUAAAAUGAACAAUAGUUUGCAAACUAAUUGAAUUCAUCCUGGUUUACCGAUGGUCUUGUCUUUUGGUUUUUCAUAAAGAGAAAGACUUUCUCUGGACUCUCGUUCUAUUUAGUAAGAAGUAAUAUUUGAUUUAUGACAUCUCGUCCGCGGAGAGAAUAUCGAUUCUGUCAAUUACUUGUAUCUCGAUUGUGAAAUAAUUAAGUGCUGGAAGUGAAACAGUGAGGCAGCAUAUUCAGUCAGUGGUUCACAUACAGAGCACUGAGCCUCUUCAAAUCAAUGGUGCAUCAUGGUUUUUCUGUUGUCAUUGAUUCACUGUGGUCCAUUUAAUCUGGAUGUAGUUACUAUAAAAUAUAUUUAUUAGAAUGCACUCUGAAAGAAAAGACUGUCACCUUAAUGGCCUUUAGCGUUUGGUCGAUUGAAGUUAUUUAUUGGUUCUUUUUGUAGAUUACAACUCAGAUUUUUGGACUGAUGGUCAAAAAACUGUUGUUCUCAUCUCAUACAUCUAUGAAGAAUUCAACUCCUGUGAAAAUGACCUUUGUCCUUUUCUGAUUUUGUCUGUUUUGCUAAAUUGUUGCUAAAAUGUUUGUUGACACACAGAGAGCGGACAGCGGUUUAGCAGAGUUUGGACUUUGUAUAUAAAGAUGGACGACAUGACUGCUCCUUUAAAGUGAAGCCAAAUCAUCUGGACUGGCCCCUGGUGGCUGGCUGCAGUAUUGCUCACAAAUCCUGCCGCCUCCAUGUUAGCAGACGGGACAACCAACCCCAAAAGUAAAGGAAAUGUUAAAUGCAUUUUUUCCCAUACAUGUUUUUGGGCAUUUUACUGUAUAUGAUUUUCUAUUAUAUAUGAUGCAUGUUCAAGUGUUAAUUUUUCCAGUGAGGUGAAAUAAUGGAUAUUGCGUCCAAAUGAGUCGAUCAUCUUUCUAUACAGGUUUAGAAAAUCAAACCAAAAAGCUUGGAAAAGUGUAUUGGUUGUUGAUGUUUGUCAAUAUUAGCAGCUUGACUUGAUUUUAUAUUAUUGUUACUAUCAUUACAUUUCAUGAAUGCAGUUUUCACUGAUGACUUUUCCACUUAUGGGACUUUGGGGAGUUUGUCUGUUUACAUGUUAAAGGCAACUAAUCAAUAACCAAUGUAAUCGUUGUAUUCAGCACUACAGUGAUCAGCUGUACAUACAUACAUAUAUAUAUAUAUAUAUAUAAACAGUAAACCUGGUGCAAACUGUAGACCUGGUGAUAUAAAGUUCUUUCUGUUGUCAUGGGAGCUGAAGAAUGAACCUGCAGCGCCCACCAGUGUCUCAACAGAGUCUCCACCCUCGUCUCAGUGUCACACUGAUCUGACUGAAGUCUUGUAUUGAUGCCUUAGAAUCUAGUUAUUUAAAAUCAAACAUAAAAUAAUUUUCUGUUUUCUCUUCCUGACCGUUUCAAUACUUCAUCGCAGAAACUUGUGUCCGACCCUGAUGCCGUAGUUUCAACUCGACACGCUGAGAACUGGACUUGGAUCUUGACUCGAAUUUAAAAUAUGUAUAAAAUUAUAAAUGUAUAAUAAAUUUUAAAUGAGA